AGGUGUUGCAGAGGAGGAGGGAGUCUGAGAAAGAGUUUUAAAACGGUGAGAACUGCAGGCGUUUGUGAGCACAUGGAAACAGCAGCCAGAGCUGGAACAAAGAGCAGAAAGAAGAGACGAAUCCAUCAAAAAUCACGCAGAAAUGGCGUCACUACACAGGAACCUGACUGCACUUUUCUUGUUUGCCUUGCCUCUCAUUCACUCCCACCUCUUCGCUCAUGCUGCCACCACUUCCCCACCCACGACUCGUCGACGGAUCAAAUUCCUGACCAUCGGGGGCUUGUAUGAUGACUAUGAAAAUGAAUAUGAGGAUAACUACAGCUCUCCUCCUAAAUUAGUGUCCUCCUCGGUGAAGACUUCUCUUUUUGCCACCAGGCCCAAGCUGUGUCAGUACGACCCCUGCUUGGAGUGUCAGGGGCCCUGCGAGCGUCUCGCAGCUGACACUGGGUGCCUCUGUCCUGGGAUGACUGGAGGGGACGUGCCUCCCCACGCUCCACGCAUCCAAGCGUUGUCACCAAUCACUGAAGGGGAGAACGUAGGGAAGGUGGAGGUACAGUGGUGUGCUCCAUCCUCUGUGGUGUCUUCUUACAGGGUGAUUGUUGAGGGGAGAGGUGAUGACACUCUGGAGUUUGGGGAUGCUUCACGGCGAGGUUUGGCGGGAUCUUUGGAGGUUGGGACGAAGGUGUGUGUGCAAGCAGUGAAUGAUGCAGGAGAAAGCAGUCCCACAGAGUUCUCCUGCAGGAGGUACAACCCCACUAAAGACUAUUUACUGCUGGCCUUGAUCAUAGGUGGAGGUGUGGCCUUCAUUCUUCUUCUCAUUAUUGUGGCUGUGAUUCUCUGCAAAUGUCAAAAGAAUCAAAAGGCUAAGAGACACAGAAAAACCCCCGAGCAGCAAAGGACCGAAGGAAACCCGUCUUAAGGGAUCACCAAUUUAACCCAGUCUUACAGAACAAGCAGCUUAAUCUGUAAGACAAAGGUGCAUUUUCUUUACAAACAGAAAAAAGUUGUUUAAACUCCUGUUUCAAGGAGUACUAACACGUGUCUAAAUAUGUCAAUUAAUGGGUUAUAACUACAGGUUCAUUUGCUGGCAAAUUAAUUUCUGUAGAGUUUGUGUAGUUUU